AGUCGCACUACCGUCAGCAAUAUGCGUCAGGCACAGGCCGCGAAGAACACAAUCACUUUGAAGGGAUCCACAGAAAUCGUCACGGAAUUUUUUGGAUACAGCAUCAAUAGCAUUCUAUAUCAGAGGGGAAUUUAUCCUCCUGAAAGCUUUGCAAAGGUCAACAAGUAUGGCCUGCAAAUGCUUGUAACCAACGAUUCUGGACUGCAGAAAUACCUGCAGCAGGUUCUUACUCAGCUUUCAGAAUGGCUGUAUGCGGGCAACGUGCAGAAGCUUGUCCUGGUGAUCACUUCAUUGGAGACACAGCAGGUGCUCGAACGAUGGAAUUUUGACAUCGAAACGGAGAAGGAUGCGGUCGAACAACCGGAGAAGGAGUUCGAGAAGUCGGAGCGGGACAUCAUGAACGAGAUCCAGGCCAUCAUCAGGCAAAUCACCGCCAGUGUCACAUUCCUUCCCCUGCUGCAGGAUGCCUGCACCUUUGACCUUCUGGUGUAUACUGACAGCAAUGUGGAAGUGCCACAAACAUGGGAGGAGUCAGACCCGAAGUACAUCAACAACCAACAGGAGGUCCGCCUGCGCAGCUUCAGUACCAAGGUGCACAAGGUCGAUGCGAUGGUGGCUUACAAGGCAGAUGACAUGUAAAGGCCAUAAGGGCUUCUAACACUUUUCCCUUAACUGUCUUGUGUCGAUGUGAGUUGCGGGCACCUGUAACAAAUUUUAUCUCUCGGAAUUUAUUGUUAACUUGAA